UGCAGUAACUACGGCCAGGUACGCUAGCGUCCUGUGUCGGUGAACACGGCUAACGCGGCCUUUACGAGUGCUCACUCAACAGCUACCUUUUAGCAGACCAAUCUGCAGCCAUGGCUACAGAGACUGACAAGUUGGAGCCCGCGGACAGUGAACAAGAUGAGGAAGAAGAUGUAUACGAAGUGGAGAGGAUCAUUGACAUGCGAGUGGAGGAGGGUGAAGUGCUCUACAGAGUCCGUUGGAAGAACUACUGCUCUGAUGAUGACACGUGGGAGCCGGAGGCCCAUUUGGAGGACUGCCGCGAGGUUCUCCUGGCUUUUAAGAAGUCCAUGGCUGAUGCUAAGGCCAAGAAAGAGGCAGAAGCCAAGAAGAGCGUGAAAUUGCUGCCUACAAAGAGUGACGUGUUUGAUGCCGACUCAGAAAGUGAGAGUGACAAAGACCAUCCAGCUGAGGCGCCCAUCAAGAAGAAGAAAAAGACAAAGGCUCGGGAAGAAGAAGUGGAGUCACCUUCAAAGGAGAAAAAGAAGAAGAGGAAAAAGAAAGACAAACGGAAGGAGGAGUUCAGGCCUCUACCGGCACCAGAGACAGAUGAAGAAGAGGACGAAGAAGAAGAGGAGAGAGCCCCAACUCCACCCUCACCUCCUAAGGAGAAAAAGACUGAAUCAAAAAAGCGGCUGGUUGACUCUGAAGAGGAUGACAAUGAGCCUGUUCCCUCCAAAAAGCACAAGAAGGAAAAGGGAAAGGAGGGAGGGAAGCAUAAGAAAGAAAAGGAAGAGGAGUGGAAGAAAAAGAAAGCAAAGAAGGAAAGGAAAAUCGACACUUCCGACGACGAGGCUGUUGCACCUCUGGAAGACGACUUGAGCGACGGCCCGUCAGAGUCCCAAACGGACGAUGCUGCGUCAACGGAUACUGCAGCAAAGUCCCCUGAAAAAGCACGUUUGGAGUCCAAGCAAAAGAAGGGGAAGUGGGAAGUAAAGCUGCAGGGCAUUAAGGACCUCCUGCAUGACAAAAAGAACAGAAAGUCAGACAGCGGCCAGAAAGAAAGCAGCCUCCAAAAACUUAAGAGCCUAACCUCUAAAAGCAAGGAGGAGGCUGCCCCACUCUCAGACUCUAGUGAUAGCUCCACCCUACAUAAGAAAGCCAAGAGCAAAGGGCAGGAGAGCACAUCGGCACCACCCAAAGUCCCUUCGUCCACAUCCUCGUCGUCCUCCUCAUCCUCCGUCACAGCGUCUAGCAGCACCAAGGGUAAGGAGGACGAGAUGGCUAAAGAGGAGGUGUUGGGACAGAAGGACGCCACAGGCUCCACCAACCUGUUUGAGAAGUUCCUGUUAAACUGCGAGGCCAAGGACCGCGCCCCCCGCAGGCAGCCAGUGCAUCAGCCCCCCCCAGAAAAGAGCAGCAGCAGCAGCGGCAGCAAACCCCCAAAGCUAAUUGGAAAGAUUGAGAAGAUCCCCAAGCCAAACAAAGAUUCUCCAGCUCAGAAACCCGAGUCCAAGAAGACGGAGAAGACCAAGCAAUCAGAUGUCUCCAGACCUGGCCAGAGUUACGGCUUCAACCUGGACAGUGAUGAGAGGGAGGGAGAGGAGUCUGCAGCAACAGCAAAGCAGAAGCCUGGAGAGGAAGCCCGGGAGCGGAGGGAGAGGCCAGAGGAGGCACAGCGGCCAGGCUGGGAGAGGAAGACCCCAACCGAUGACAGGAGGAAGCGGCGAGAGGACAGUGAGCCCAGGCUCUUCAUGGCAUGUGAUGAUAAUCAGGACACCCAGGAUCCAGCAGAGGGCGCUGACAAAUCCGACAAGGGCCAAGCCACUUUGAGUCUAGGAAUGGACCUCAACCUGGACUGGAUGACUCUGGACGACUUCAGGAAACAUCUGAACGGGGAGGAUGAGAUCCUGUCAGGUCCACCCUUAUCACCCAGUGAGUUGCGGGAUGCUGUGAAAAGUGGAGAUUACAUGGCUGUAAAAUUGGCACUUAAUUCCAAAGAGGACUACAAUCUGGACCAGGAGGCUUGUACUAUUGGUGAGACGAAGUCAUUUGAAGGAGAGAGGAGCUUGAUUGAAGAGAGAAGUUCGAGUGAUGCUUUUAGGUUGACUUCAAACCUUGACAGUGCACGAAAUGAAGAGAGUACUCUAAGAGUAGAAGAGAUUACCCCACAAGAUUUGGAUGGUCCAAAAGAUGGCGAAAAAAUGCCAGGCUGCCCUGCCAGUACAAACACUGAGCAACUGACAGUGAGGGCACAUGAGAGGAUCCAAAAAUGUGGGAGAGAUGUAACUGAAUCCAAAAACGCUGCAUGUGAUUCAGCUACCAUGCAGGAAAGUCAAGGAAAGGAAGACCAGAAGCAAGCACAGGAAGACAAGAUGUCAGACGACACAACAGGUGGUUUCCCAAGUAAAAUGAGUUUGAACUUUGGUUAUUUAGAUCCAGGCAGAAAUGCAGAAGAGAUGCUGACAAGGGAUGACGACAAUCCAGAACAAAAGGGCAUAGCUAACAAACAAAGUUCUCCUGAGGAAGCAAAUGGCUCAAGUGACGAGGCAGAGGAUGUGGUGGCAGGUCAAUCAGAUAGUACAGAUCAAGUUAUGUUUGAGUUGGGCACAAAGGAUAUUUCUAAAGCACCAUUGCAGCGCCGCAGGAGAACUGCGGAGAAGAAACAACCAACACGAUCCAGUUUAAGGACCUGUAAGAAAGUGCUUGAAACAAAACCUAGCAUAGUGGAUGAUGAAAAGAAAGAGCCCUGCAAAAAGCACUUCUGUUUAUAUUGCAAAAUGGCGUUUACCCAACUCGCAAAGCAUUUGGAAAGGAAACAUGCAGAGGAAACGGAUGUUGCCCACGCAAUACACUUUCCCAAAGGUUCCAAAGUCAGACAGACCUUGCUUGACCAAAUUCGCAAUAAAGGAGAUUAUGAACAUAAUUUCCAAGUUCUCAAAAGUGGUGAGGGAGAAAUCGUCACAAAGAAGCAGGUGAAAAAUCCCAGCAUAUCUGUUCGGGACUUUCUGCCUUGUCAGCACUGCUUUGCUUUUUACCGCAAAACUGAUUUAUGGAGACAUGAGCGGUCAUGUAAGGCCAGAAAGGGAGAUCAGAAAUCCGGCGAAAGGGCAAAAAGAAACCGAGUCCACAGUGCCUCUUCCCAGCUACUUCCAAUGUCAGAGUUCUUAACCGGAGGCUGCAAGGAAAUCAUCCACAUCAUGCAUCAAGAUGACAUCUCAAGACAUAUCAGAAAUGACCCACUUAUUUGUAAAUUUGGCAAUGCAUUGUCUGUUAAGUAUGACCAUGACAAGUCACAGUUUGCUUAUAUUGCACAAAAGAUGAGGGAACUGGGUAGAUUUGUGCUCGCUGUAAAUGAGCUAGACAAGGGUGUGAAGUACUUGCAUGAAGUAUGUUUACCAUCCAGAUUUGAAUUAGCUGUUCAAGGGGCCAAAAAACUUAGCGGUUUUGAUCCCAGUUCCAGUAAGUUUAAAACCUUUUCCCUUGUCUCAAAGAUCGGCUACUCUUUAAAACGAGCUGCAGAAAUAGCUUUUGGGGAAAGUCGCAUGACUGAGGACAGUGAAACUGAAAGUGAAGUGAAAAAGUUCAUACAGCUUCUUGAUACAAAAUGGAACGCCAGUUUUUCUCGCAAAGCUCUUGCAUUAUCUCUAAAGCAAGAAGUCAAGAAAGUGGAAGUAGACAAAUCAACUGUGACGGAAGAUUUGAUAAAACUCCACAGGUUUAUCACAGGAGAAGAAGAUGAAGCCAGGAAGGAGCUGAAAGAAAGUCCUAGUUUGUCAACUUGGAAAAAGCUCAGCGAGGCCACUCUUGCAGAUGUGUGUCUGUUUAACAGAGGAAGGGUAGGAAAUAUUGGUAGAAUGCUCUUGCAAACUUAUAUUUGCAAAAAGAGUAGGGGAGCAUUUGUGCCCUCUGCAGAUCAAAUAAGGAAAAGCACAAAAUUGGAGCUGGACCUCGGUGCCAAUUUCACCAGGUUGGAACUAGAAGGUCAGUAUGGAAGGAACAUGCUGGUUCUGCUAACAGAAAGGAUGGUUAUGUCAGUCGACUUGCUCAUUGAAAAUCGAGAACAAGCAGGUGUGUCAAAAACUAACCCUUACCUGUUUGCAAGGACUGAAGGUCCAUCCUUCAUCAGAGGAUUGGACUGUUUCCGAAGGGCUGCAAUGGAAUGUGGAGUUAAAAACCCAGAAGCACUUCUGUCCUCAUCAUUAAGAGAGCAAAUUGCCAGCUGUUGGCAGCUAAUGAGCCUCAGUGAACUUGAAUUGGAUCAAGUGGCCAAACUGGUGGAAAAGAGCAGCCAGGAGUGUUACAGGCUCUCAGGAAAUGCAUCACAGCUGGAGGAAGUGAGCAAACAACUUCUCAAGAUGGAUCGAACACUGCCAUCAAAUCUACCCAGCACUGCUACAGAUGGAACUGUACAAAAGCCUGCUUUGAAGAGAAGACCCUGGAGUGAGAAGGAGCAGGCGGCAGUGAAGCGUUACUUGUGUGAAUUUAUCACAACGAUGAAGGUUCCAGGCAAAAAGGAGUGCAAUGCUUGCAUAGCUGCUGAACCAGAUCUUGUUGGAAGAUCUUGGACAGACGUCAAAAACUAUGUGCACAACACACUACAGACAAUACGGAGGAGAAAUAACCAGCAACAGUCUGAAGGGAAUGUAAACGAGAGUCCAGAAGCUGGAGUCCAAUCCUCAAAGAAAGAUUUGGAAGAUGAAAACAUUGUCGUUAGUAUGACAACAGUGCAUCCAGAUCACCUGAGAGAAAGUUCAGAUUGUUGUAUGACAAUGGCACCGCCAACCAGCUUAAGAGAAUCAUCAACACCAUUCCCUCAAGAGAUGACUUCAACUUAUGCGUCCUUGUGUUCCACUACUACAGAUAUGGUCCAUACGAGUCAGCCAUUGAUUUCUACUUUCACGCCACUGAAUGCUACUGAUACCCAAGUGGUUCCUACAUUUACUCCACACAACACUACAAAUGCACUAAUGCCUGCUGCAUACACAUCAGAGAACAGCAUAAUUAUGCCAAUGUCUCCUCUUUAUACACAGAAUGCCACAAGUAUGCCUCCCCCUUCUGUGUACGCACCACAGGACACUACAAAUUCAUCAAUGAUCCCUAAUUUUAGCACCCUUAAUGCUCCAAGUACCUCAAUGGUGCCUACUUUCACUGCACUGACUACUCCAAGUUCACCAAUGGUCCCUCCAUUCUCAACACUAAAUGACAGAAGUAGGCCCAUCAUUUCUUCAUUCACACCUCUGAACCAUUCAAGUGCACCAGCUUACCCCACAAAUCCCCCUAGGGUCCCUACAACUGCACAGGUUGUCCCAACAAUCCAUAGACACAGUGUUCCUGACAGGACACUGGUGGUACAGGAAAGUACCCCCAUGUCCUCUGCAGUCACUCCAGCUGUCAAACCUCAGAAGAGAAACAAGAGGUUGUGGAGCGAGGAGGAGCAGGCGGCAGUGAGGCGUCAGCUUGGAGACUUCUGUAAACUGGUGAAAGUGCCAGGCAAAAAGGAUUGUGACGCAUGUUUAGCUGCUGAACCUGCGUUGAACAGCAGGACAUGGAGGGAAGUCAAGUAUUUUGUACAUAACUCAAUACAGUCAAUGAAAAGAAGAGGGCAUCCAGUCGCUUCCAAACAAGGUGGAAGCCAGGAGCCAGAGACUCAUACUCCAAGCACGGAGUGGGAUGGUCCCGUUUAUCUGUCCCUGUAAAUAUUUGUAACGAAGCUAGAAAACAAUACGUGAUCAGUGAGAUUUUAGAGGCGUGUGAGGGCUGUGGCUUUAACCUCGAACUGUAUGGGGCUUAAGAAUUCAGCAGAUGUGAAUUGUACUGUGAGCGAUCCCUGGUGUCAGUCAAGCCCUGCCUUUCUUUUAGUCACACUUUUUAAGAAGUUAUUGAAAUAUUCAGAAUCAAGCUCACUGGACCAAGCUCUUGCAUGAAUAUACACGAAAUACGUAAGUGGAACUGAGGACGUUUGAACCGUAGCUUUGACUCUGAAAAAGCAGAUAUUAAUGUUUAAUAUGGUUAGAUUGCGUAUACGUAUGUAACAUAGUCAGAUAUGUAACACUGUCACUUUGUCAGAUCAUUGCAGGUUAUCUCUAUAAAUGUUCCAGUUUUAGAUGUGAUUAUUUAGUAAAUGUGAAUCUCAUUUUGCCAGGGUUUUCAGCCUGCCGCGGGUCAUUUCUGUGGCACCCAAACACACUUUCACAAUUUCAAACACAAUAUUUGUGAAAAUGGUGAAAGCUUUCACAAUUGUCUGGGACUCCUCAGCCACCGUGACCGGGGCAUUUCCCACCCUGCACUGGGCAAAGGUAGCCUCAGUGACUGUACAUUUCUAGAGGGAUUUUUACUCUUACUUACUUCCGAACUUACUUGGACAUCUAACUUUCUGCCUGUACUGUUUUCAGUAGCAUUUUUAUGAAUUUUGAUUAUCAAAAAAGAAAAGGAAACCUACCAGCAAAUCUUUGCAGCCAGUCCCUCCAACAUGAUCGAUGUGCAUUGAUUUGCUUUAUAUAAUUCCCUAAUGCCUGGCCCAAAUGGAUUGUAUUCUUGCUUUAGCCAGUAGCCUGUAUUGUAGAAGGCCCCUGAUAGCUGCUGAUGUUAGAGAUUUAGAAGCUCCAUGUGUAUACCUCUCAUUUAAAUACUGAAAACAUAUUUUUUUUCUUUGAGGGUCCUGUUGUUCAUUAUCGUCAUUUAUGUGUUUGUGUUUUUUUCUUGCGUAUUAACAAGCUGCCGCAAGGUUUGGUUGUAUCACUAUACAGUAACUGUAGAACAUUUUAGUACUUUAUCACUUUAGCACUCAUAAUUUGAGGUAAAACACACUGCAUCAUUUGCAUUACUUCGUUUUAAGCAUUUAUUAUCUGGAUGUUUGUGAUCCAGUUUUAAAGAUCAGACUGCCUUAUGUUGAGUUUAUUUUAUGUUUAGAUUUUUUGUACUGUAUUCCUUGUUUUCACUUAUUAAUGUUGAUUGCAUCUCACAUGUAGCAUAGUAACUACAACCCUGACAAAUGUUGUGAGCUGCUAAUCACGGUUUACCAUCAUGGCCGGUAAACCAACAGUCAAGGAUUUUUAGUUUUGGGUUUUUAGUGUUAUUAUAAAAGUUAAUACUUGACAGGAGUUAAAAACAAGAAAUGAAAGUUAUUCCUUUACAUUUUUAAAUAUGGAAGGGAUGAAAAUAGAUUUUGAAGUUUCCUUCCCUGUCAAUAAGCUGUCAACUAAAUUCAAGUUGCUCCUUAUGUUAUCACCUCUAACUGAACAUGCAGUUUAGUAAUUCCAAAACAAUUAUAUGUUAUUUUAAGUGCAAGAUUGUUUUUUCUUUUGUCCGAUAGCACUAAAUAUAUUAGUAUUUACCCAUAGCAGACUGCAGGUCACAGGGUUUGUAGUCCUGGCUAAACAGGGUUGUCACGUUUGUUUCAAAGAUCACCACAGUCACCACAGUGUUUAUCUUGCACUGGAUAUUUAACAAAGGGUGUGGCCCACCUGUUUCGGGUCAGUCCAGUCUGUAGAUGUCUUAUGAACAUCUACGUUAAUUUUAACAGUUUUCUUUGUGAUCAAAAGGUGCAGAAGUCAUGGGUUGGAGUUCCAGAUAGCACUGCUGCUAUUUGUCAUGGACAAACAUUUUUGUGUUAUCCUCAUUCGCAUCUGUAGUGAACCUGUGUAGAAUAAUGAGUGUCCUCCCUUUCAUACCAAAGCAAUUAGUGUCAAACACAACAAAUCCUGAUUGUGAGCAGGGUUGCAGAGCCGGAUCAGAUAACCCACCUUAACUCAUUCACACCAACUGAAAACAGGUUUUCCCGUGUUGUUGGUUCCUUGUGAAAGGAUGUAUGUCUUGCAGUAAAUACACUAAUAAGGGUUACACCCCAGAUACAUCAGUGUUUGGAAAAUGAAUCUGUUCAAGGUCUACAAAUGAUAAACGAUCAUUCAGACGCUACCUUUGCUGUUUAGUGUUGCGAAGUAAAACAUUUUUUGUCUGUAUAGUAGAUAGCUUUCUUUCAUUGCUAUUGUAUAAGCACACAGUGCGUGUUACUCUUUUCAUCCUGGUGCAACUAUGAUGCCUUCAGUUAAUGCUUCUUAUCAAGUAUUGUAAGGAACUUAUGACUUCUGCCUGUACAAUAAAAUCUUCCUUGGCUUAAAAAAUAUUUAGUUGUUAUGAAAAAGACAUUGUCUAUUUGUGCACACAGCGAUGUAUGUUAAAGUUUUUGCCUUUUUAUCCAAUUCCCCGAAUCUAUCGCAAUCUAAAUCUAUUUACAGAGUAGACUGUUUAAGCUUUCAACUGCAUGCUAGCCAUGUUUAACCUCUUAGUUUAGCAUGUUAACAAGCUGCCAUUUGCUAAAUAGCAAAAAAAAACUCAACAUAUGCUGAGGCUGAUGGGAAUUCCAUUAGUUUUGGAGGUGUUUGCUCAUAAAUCAAUGUAUUUGUCAAAGUUUUGAUCUGACGAUGGUGCUAGAUGAAAGGGAAGAGCAUCAAA